AUGGGUGCAAUUGUUAACACCAUAUCUCGUUUGUUAGCAGCGAAGAUGAUUUCCAUGUAUUUCAAAGUGUGCAUUUUUUUUGCAGUGAUCGUGCUUUGUACCCCACUCCCGACAUUAAGUAAUACUUCUAAGCGAGGUCUACAGGAAGACCCAUCGAUGUGUGGCGGGGCGUACAGUCUGAUAUGCAAUGACCGUAUACUCUGUGUGAAGCCAUCCCAGCUCUGUGACGGCCUGAACAACUGCAAGGAUGGAAGCGACGAAGAGGACUGUGCUGACAGUGGUAGUGAUAGUUGUCAGGAAAAUAGCGACACACGCAAAACCCAGGGAGUAUGCACCAAUCCUACCGGUAACUCGAAAUGUAACACUGGCUUAGAUGACAUCAUUCAACAGAUGCUAAACGCUCACAACUUCUACCGUUGUUUGCAUGGCGAGGGUUCUGCUAGCAUGACCUUGUCUGAUGAACUCAAUAAUUACGCACAGGACUAUGCUGAUCACCUGGCUAGCACCGGAGUUGUAAAGCACAGCAACGACCGCGGCGAAAACCCACCAGAUCGUGGUGAGAAUCUCUGGGCAGGUUCUGAUGCUUCUCGCUGGACAAGCUAUGACCAGUUUACAGGUGAGCCAGCUGUCGCUGAUUGGUACUCUGAGGUGGCUAAUUACGAUUUCUCCACAAACAGUGCCAAGCCAGGGAAGACUGCAGGGCAUUUCACUCAAGUAAUUUGGAAAGCAAGCACCGAGUUGGGCUGUGGUGUCGGAACAUCCGAGAAACCAUGGGGACCGAAGUUCUUCGUCGUCUGUCAGUAUAGAGUAGCGGGAAAUAUUUUCGACUUCGCCACCAACGUACCUGCACCCUUAUAAUUACUACCUCAGAUAACCGGACUAUAUCUAUAAUAUAUUCCGGUCAGGUCAACCAAUUACGUGUAUGUGAUGUGAUUACAAACCAAUUAUCACGUUUAAUUUAUAGUAUUUUAAUUCACAAUACCUCAAACCUGAUUAAAGUUGUAAACCUUAUUCUCUAUCUAAUGUCAUUU